UCAGAUCCGAUAAAUAAUUCCCAUCCUGGUAAAUUAUUUUUCGAACGCAACAGAACACUUUUCUCAUUACGUUCAUUGCUUCAAUAAUAGAUUGUUAAUCGGAUCGCAGACGGUUUUAUAAAAUGUUUUUCUCGUCAAAAAAUGAUGAAACUAAACCAUUAUUAUCAGGAAAACGAGGUACAAAAUGGAACAUGUGUAGAUUAGUAAAGUGGACUCUAAUAGUAAUAUGUUUGGGUAUAUUUUUCACGAGCCUGUGGUUUGUUAUAAGUGAUUAUGAAUAUCAAACGGUAUCCAAAAAACCUCAGGCGAGACAUGCAUUACACAUUUCAAGUGCUGUAACAACAAAUAAUGAUUACUUAAAGCAGUGUGCUCCUCAAGUGAAAUGCGAUCCAUAUGCGAAAUAUAGAAGUGUAAAUGGAUCUUGUAAUAAUCUGAAAACACCCACAUGGGGUGCAGCAAAUACACCCUUUCUUCGUAUGCUUAAUGCUAAUUUCAGCGACGGUUAUUAUGAAUUAAGAAAACAAACAAAUGGAAGUGCAUUACCCAGUCCCAGAGUAGUAAAUAUCAACGUGUUUCUGACCCGAGAAAAGUACCGUACGGAUGAAAACAACGUACUUUUACUUCCAUUUGGUCAACUGUUAGCCCACGAUCUAUCGGGUCUAUCGAAUGACGUUCCGGAGAAUGAAUUCAGCAUAGUAACGGAUUGUUGUACUGACGAAAACGCGAGAAAGACGUUCUCUCAGUGUCAGCUGGUCGUCGAAAAUCCACUCGAUGAUCCGGUUUACAGUAAACACAAUAUAUUUUGCAUGGGAUUAGUACGCUCGCUGACUUCGAGGAAUUACAGCUGUCCGUUGUAUCCCACGACGUUCUUUAAUGAGAACACCCAUUUCAUCGACGCGUCUAACGUGUAUGGUUCGAGUGAAAGUGUUGCCCGACGUCUCAGACUUAUGGAGGGCGGAAGACUUAAUUUUUCGUUAAGCGAUGACGGUCAGAUGUUCUGUCCGUUUCAAGAAAAAAAGAAAUUUAUAGAGAUUGAGCGGCAAAAUUCCUCUUUACAAUACGACACAGGGGAUCCCAACAAUGGGAAUCAAAACCUAGGAAUAUUAGUGAUGCAAACUGCAUUUUUAAGAUUUCACAAUUAUAUCGCUUUUGAACUAUCAACAAUAAAUUCUCAUUGGUCAGACGAAACGAUCUAUCAAGAAUCACGAAGAAUUGUCAUUGGAACUAUUCAACGAAUAGCAUACCAAGAUUUUUUACCCAUUAUCAUUGGAGAAGAUUAUCAAGAAAUAUAUGGGAUAAAUGGGAAAAAUAUUUACGAUCCCAUGAUGGAUCCAUCGAUGGCCAUGGAGUUGACAAGCGCUGCUUUACGAGUUUUACAUACAAUCAUACCGGUUCAACUGAAUUUUAUGAACAAUGAUUACAAAAUCGAAUCGUCAGAAAACAUUACAGAUUGGAUGUUACGACCAGUACUAUUACCCGUUAAAGAUAAUUUCGAUAAACUGUUAAAAGGUUUUCUGGAGACACCCGGUCGUAUGGUUCAACCCUCAUACAAUUUCUAUAUAUCCAACUAUUUAUUUAGUUUUCCUAAACAGCCUCCUUACACUGGACGUGAUUUGUUAUCACUCGAUAUCGCAAGAGGUCGUGAUGUAGGCUUACAACCUUACACCAAAGUUAAACAUUUAUGCGGAUUACCAUUGGCUAAAAAAUUUGAAGACUUGAUCGACUUGAUUCACAUAAAAGAUAUAAAUAAACUAAAAGAACUGUAUCAUUCGGUCAAUGAUAUUGACUUAAUAGUAGGACUUUUGUUAGAAAAAAUUAGCGACGGUGCCAUUGUUGGUCCAACUACUCGAUGUUUAAUUUCCGAUGGUUUCUAUCGGUACAAAGCCGGUGAUCGAUUUUUCUACGACGUCCAGGGACAGCCAGGAAGUUUCACUCCUGAGCAACUAAAAGUAAUUAAAAAAAUUACCCUUGGUCAUGUAAUAUGUGCUAUAUCAAAUGUGGAUCAUGUACAAGAAGCUAUUUUUAAGUCAAUUGAUCAUAAAUUAUUUUCGACUAUUAAAUUGAAAUGUGAUAAUGAAUUCACUUUGGAUUUCGAAGAAUGGACGGAAUCAAAUAAUCGACAAGAGUUUUAAAUUAUUCAUUAACAUUACAAUUAUUUUA